AAACGACGGUUGCGUGUUCAUUGGUUGGAGGAGCAAAACAACAGUAGAAAGAGAGAAAGAAAAGCAAACGGCAAAGGUAAAGAGCAGUGAAUGGUACAAAGUAGUAAGCAGCAGGGAACUCUCUCCUUCUCUCUCCCACUAGUCAGCACUCAGCAUCAGACCACCAUGAUUUCCAUUACUGGAAACAAAAAGAGCCCCAGCCCUUAAAAACCAGUACCUUAAAAACCAGUAGAGAUUUCUAAAUCUUUAAAAUCCUCAACCAUAGAUAUAAUAAAACAUAUAUUCUUCUGCAAAAUAUCUAUAAAUACCCAACACCUCUUUUGAACACAGUUGGACUGCACAAAGUAGAGAGAGAAAGCUUUGAGAGAAGAAAACCCAUCUGCAUGAGUAAUAAUAAUAGUACUAUAUGGUUCUUAUAGCUUGUACACUUUGAAUCAUUUUUUUUUGGGUUUGUGAGUGAGAACAAAGAUCUGGGUUUUCUUUGUUAAAAAAGAAACUUAUUGAUGAGAGGUUUGAAAAAUCGUUAUCUUUCAAGCUGAGAUCUGUUGGGUAUUUCUUGCUUGCUGGAGUUAGUGGUUACUAGCUUCAAGGAACUCAAAAGAAAAAGCUGGUGUUUUUGUUCACACUUUAAGGAUCAAUAGUCUUUGUUUUUGGGAGGUGAAAUGUGGGGCUAAAGUGUUGGAACAUAACACAAAAAAGAUUAUGUUGUUGUUUUAGCAUUAAGGUUGUGGUUCAAGAGAAGAACACUUGGGGGUUUUUGGGUGGAGAAGAAGAAGAUAGGAGGCGGAUGAGGCUGAAAGCAAUUGUCUUUUGUAGUAAAACCGGUUUCGGUUGAAACAAAAAAAGGCAAGAACUCUUGGGGUUGGGGCUUUUUGUUUUUGUGUUGUUUUUAAAAUCUCUUCUUUGACGGGUGAAUUGUCAGCUUUUUUUUUUUCUCAAUUGGAGCUGGUUCUUGUUAAGGCAUGGUGUUUCUUGUGGAGAGAAAGGAGUAAAAAGAAGGGUAUUUGAUUGUGCGUGUCCUUGUUUGGAGGAUUUAGGUGCUUAAUUGGUGUGGUUAAAGGAAGGGUUUUUGGGGUGGGGAAUCUUUUUCUUGAGGGUCUAAACUUGGGACUUAAAGGUAUUGUUAAAUUUAUUCAGAAAAAAAAAAUGAAGCUUUCUUCAGCUGGUUUCAAUCCCCAAACUCAGGAAGACUUUGCAGGAGAGAAGAGAGUUCUGAACUCUGAACUUUGGCAUGCAUGUGCGGGUCCUCUUGUUUGUCUACCUCCGGUCGGAAGUAGGGUUGUUUAUUUCCCACAGGGUCAUAGUGAACAGGUAGCUGCAUCAACCAACAAGGAAGUGGAUGCCCACAUACCUAACUAUCCAAGCUUACCUCCACAACUUAUUUGUCAGCUUCAUAAUGUCACCAUGCAUGCAGAUGUUGAGACAGAUGAAGUAUAUGCACAAAUGACCUUGCAGCCUCUGAGUCUGCAAGAACAAAAGGAGGCUUACCUACCCGCAGAAUUGGGCACUCCCAGCAAACAGCCCACAAACUAUUUCUGUAAAACAUUAACAGCCAGUGACACAAGCACUCAUGGAGGGUUCUCUGUUCCUCGCCGAGCAGCUGAAAAAGUGUUUCCUCCACUGGAUUUCUCCCUGCAGCCUCCAGCUCAAGAGUUGAUUGCAAGGGACUUGCAUGAUAAUGAAUGGAAAUUUAGGCAUAUAUUUCGGGGCCAGCCCAAAAGGCACCUCUUGACAACAGGAUGGAGUGUAUUUGUAAGUGCUAAAAGACUAGUUGCGGGUGAUUCAGUGCUUUUUAUCUGGAAUGAAAAAAAUCAAUUGCUUCUUGGUAUCCGACGAGCUAAUCGACCUCAAACUGUAAUGCCUUCAUCAGUUUUAUCAAGCGAUAGCAUGCACUUAGGGCUUCUUGCUGCUGCUGCUCAUGCAGCUGCAACAAAUAGCCGUUUCACUAUAUUUUAUAACCCAAGGGCUAGUCCAUCAGAAUUUGUUAUACCGCUGGCAAAAUAUAUCAAAGCUGUCUAUCAUACUCGAGUGUCUGUUGGUAUGCGCUUUAGAAUGCUGUUUGAAACUGAGGAAUCAAGUGUUCGUCGAUACAUGGGCACUAUAACUGGCAUAAGUGACUUAGAUCCUGUUCGGUGGCCAAAUUCACAUUGGCGAUCAGUCAAGGUUGGCUGGGAUGAAUCAACAGCUGGAGAAAGGCAGCCAAGAGUUUCCUUGUGGGAGAUUGAACCAUUGACAACAUUCCCCAUGUAUCCAUCUCCAUUUCCUUUAAGGCUUAAGAGACCAUGGCCACCGGGAUUACCUUCUUUCCAUGGCAUCAAGGAUGAUGAUCUAGGCAUGAAUUCUCCAUUUAUGUGGCUACGUGGAGAUGCAGAUCGAGGAAUGCGGUCUCUGAAUUUUCAGGGGAUUGGAGUUACACCAUGGAUGCAGCCGAGGCUGGAUGCUUCCAUGAUGGGUUUGCAGACUGACAUGUACCAAGCUAUGGCUGCUGCUGCACUGCAAGAGAUGAGAGCUGUGGAUCCUUCCAAACCAGCAACUGCAUCGCUUCUGCAAUUCCAGCAACCCCAAAAUCUACCCUGCAGGCCUGCUGCUUUAAUGCAGCCCCAGAUGUUGCAGCAGUCUCAGCCUCAGGCCUUUCUUCAGGGUGUUGAAGACAACCAGCAUCACUCUCAGUCUCAGCCUCAGGCUCAGGCUCAAACACAGCCACAUCUUCUUCAGCAACAACUGCAGCAGCAGAAUUCAUUUAAUAAUCAACAGCAGCCACAGCAACCACUGUCACAGCAACACCGGCAACUUGUUGAUCAUCAGCAGAUUUCUAGUGUAGUGUCUGCCGUGUCACUGUAUGCUUCAGCCUCUCAAUCCCAGUCAUCAUCUUUGCAAGCCAUAUCUUCACUAUGCCAUCAACAGAGCUUUUCUGAUUCAAAUGGGAACCCUGUGGCCAGCCCUAUUGUAUCUCCUUUGCAUAGUUUUUUGGGUUCUUUUUCCCAAGAUGAAUCGUCCAAUCUGCCCAACUUGCCUGGAUCCAACCCUGUAAUAACUUCUGCUGCAUGGCCCUCUAAGCGGGCUCCUGUUGAAGUUCUCUCAUCUGGAUCUCCACAGUGCGUUCUAACCCAGGUGGAACAGUUGGGGCCACCUCAGACAAACAUGUCUCAAAAUUCCAUUUCAUUGCCACCCUUUCCUGGCAGGGAGUGCUCGAUAGACCAAGAAGGGGGUAUCGAUCCACAGAGCCAUCUCUUAUUUGGUGUUAAUAUAGAGCCUUCAUCUCUUCUAAUGCAAAAUGGGAUGUCAAGCCUUAGGGGAGUUGGCAGCGAUAGUGACUCCACUACUAUGCUCUUCUCUCCUAAUUAUAUGAGUACUACUGGCACUGAUUUUUCAGUUAAUCCCGCAAUGACACCUUCCAGUUACAUUGAUGAAUCAGGAUUCUUGCAGUCUCCAUUAAACGUGGGCCAAGGAAACCCACAAACUAGAACCUUUGUUAAGGUUUAUAAAUCAGGGUCCUUUGGGAGGUCACUUGAUAUCUCAAAAUUCAGCAGCUAUAAUGAGCUGCGCAGUGAACUUGCACGCUUGUUUGGCCUUGAAGGCCAGUUGGAGGACCCUUUGAGAUCAGGCUGGCAGCUUGUAUUUGUUGACCGGGAGAAUGAUGUUCUUCUCCUCGGUGAUGACCCCUGGCCGGAGUUUGUGAACAGUGUCUGGUGUAUCAAGAUACUUUCACCUCAAGAAGUGCAGCAAAUGGGCAAACGAGGCCUGGAGCUUCUAAACUCUGUCCCAGUUCAGAGGCUCUCUAAUGGCAGCUGUGAUGACUAUGUGAGCCGGCAGGACUCGAGAAAUUUGAGCUCUGGUAUUGCUUCUGCGGGGUCUUUGGACUACUGAACAAUUUGACGGGUUAAGAUACUGUUUUUCUCCUUUAAUAUUAGCGUCUCUUGCAACCCUUUUAUAGUAGGUGGAAAGAGCUGCCUAACUCAAGCUUGAAGUUUUUAUAUAUAAGCUAAUACUGUAAUUAUAAGAGAUUUUUGUCUCCUAUGUUGUUGAAAUAUGUACAAUCCAUAUUUAUUAGGAUUUCAAUAUUCGUGAAGCAAGCUGAUGUUGAACAAUUUUUGAAGUUUCCCAAGUUAUAAAAGUUCCUAUCUGGUAUGAAAUUGGAUGGCUAGUAAAUCCAAGAGCCACGUGAUGGUCCUUAUAGUUAAAAGUAGUUGUCAAAAACCAACCAUUUCUGCGUUCCAUUAGUGUGAAAAUGGCCCCCCUUUUCUUGUUUUGUUCCAACUUCUGAAAAGUGAACACAAACCCUGCUUUCACUAUCAUCAUCAGCUCAUCAAUCUAGAGCGUUUGUCAAUAUCCUAACUGAAGGGGAGACAUAUGCCAUCGUUUCUGGCAGUCUCCUGUUUGAUGAAAAGGAGACUAGUCCUUCAAACAUAUCCUGGUAAGAAAAAAAAGGUCGAGUGUCGGGGUUGUUUGAGGAGGGAUAAAUAAAUGAUGGCACCUAGACUUGGAAAUAUUUGAUAAUUCCAUUGCAGUUCAUCUAAACAACAAUGAUUAUAUGAUCAUAUAACCAUCUUUGGGAUGGUAUUGUAAAGCAAUUUGAAAAGAUUCUGAAGAUCAGUAAGACAACAAAAAACCAGUCUCUCGAGGUGUAAAACAUCGUACCUAGGACAUGUUUUUAUGCCUUCAGAGACUCUUUAGAGGCAGCUGAUCAAAACAUAUCUGCUCCAAUUCUGUCUCACCAAAUUGUGACUACAUGUUUUAGAGGUGGAAAUUUUGCUGCAACUCAAAUGAGGAUGGCAAGAGAACCCUACAAAUCGCUAGAAAAACGUUGAAGUUGCCUUUCCUAUCUCUUCAUCUGGAAUUCAAGUAAAAAAAAAAGCGGAAUCAAAUGCAGCAGAUGAAAUGGAAGGUUUCCAAUAAUUCGUAGCCGAAUUUAUGGGCCAGCUUUAUGUCGGUAGACCUGACAUGUCCACAAGCAAAUUUCAUGGGAAUUUCUACCAAAUUCCCAUUUACUCAAGAGGAUAAAAUUCAAUGAAUUUAAAGAAAGGGUAGGGAGAGAGAGGAGAUAUUAGUU